UUGUAGUAGAGAUUAGAUUUUGAACUGCGCCCCAAGAAAUCCCGGCCGAGCCGAAGGACGCGUGUGCCCUAGCUAGGUCAGCGACGGAGAACUACUUACUGCGAAGAGGAAUUCGAGGAAGAAGAAGAAGAAGAAGCUCUCCGACGACCACCAUGUCCUUCCGGGCCGCCAUCGGUUCCCUUCUCGCCCGUGGGAUGAGGUUCUCGCCACGCCGGAUCCUCCGCCUCCGCGCGCAGGCGGAUCCGUCGUUGACGCGGAGGGAUCUCGCCAUUGUCGGCGGUGCUGCAUCCGUAGCCACGGCCGCGCUGCUCGGAUUCGCCACGUUCGUGUGUUCCAACAAGAAGUACACGCUGGGUCCACUAGCUCCCUUCGAGGUGGAGGAAUUUGGUAAGGAGGCCAGGUUUGAGGGCUGGGCGCAGCGGAGACCUGGAAUUCCGUGCAUCCGUAAUGGAGAGAUUGAGAUUCUGGAACCUCGUCACCUCGACACUUCGCCUGGUACAUACAUUUUCAAUGGAGGUGUCACUGACGACGAGGCUCCACAUGGACCUAAUUAUUUGCAAGCUGCGCCUGGGACGUCGAGCAAAAACAAGCUUCAACCCCCAGCUCUGUUCGGCCGUGAGAUAUUGGCGAACCCUAGAAUCGAAUCGGUCGGCGGCGGAGAAAUUGCUCGCCAAGAGGAAACCGAGGAGGCGGACGAAGAAGAAGAAGAAGGAGCUCUCCGGUGGCGACCAUGUCCUUCCGGGCCAUCGGUUCCCUUCUCACACGGAGGGGGGGGGGGGGGGGGGUUCUCGCCACGCGCGAUCGUCUCCCGGGCAGCGCCGCCCGCUUUCCACUCCCCGAGGGACGGCGCCGUUGGUGGUGCUGCUGCAUCUGCUGCUGCGGCUGCGUUGGCUGGACUGGCCACACUUCUGUAUUUCAACAAGAACACAGAGAUUAAUCCAGCAGCAGCAGCAGCGGCAGCAGCUGGCGACUCAGGCAGAGAGGCCGUGAAGAAGAAGCCCUACCUCAGCAAAGAAGCGGCCAUGGAGGCAGGGUUCGUCGACGAAGACGGCAAGGUCAUGUGGGGAGCCUACCUCGAGUACGUCGACCACGGGACGACUCUCCGCGAGCAGGAGGAGUCCGCCAGGAAGGUGAGGGAGUGGGAAGAGGCCGUGGAGGUCGACGAGGCCGCCAUGAGGGCCAGGUUCGAGCGCUGGAUGGAGGAGCACGGCCGCUCGUACGCCACCGAGGAGGAGAAGGCUCGCCGCUACAGGGUAUUCAGGGAGAACACCAUCUACGCGGACAAGGCCAACGCGGUGGAGCCGAGGAGAAUCCGGUACGGACCUAACGGAUACUCGGACUGGACCCAUAAAGAGGUCACUGAGCUUCUGGAUCCCCAUCCUGAUCAUGCCUUCGACUGGGAGAGCUACAUCGAUGAACUCAACACCAUGCCUGCCUGUGGUACCUACUUUUUCAAUGGAGGUUUCUCUACGAAUGAGGCCGUCAUGAAGAAGAACAGGGAGCUUGCUGCGAAGCGUGCAGGAAGAAAGCCUGAAGCAGCCAGCAGCUAGACGGUGAAGAUGAGACGAGGAGGCAGCGGUGGAUCUGAUGCCCGGCCUACCAUGGUCUAGAAAAUAAUAUUUAUUAGUAUUAUGAACUUAUAAGUUUAUUAGUUUAGUACUCUAAAAGAAAGAAAGAAAUUAACCAGCUACACAUCCCUCGUCUUACUUAAAUUCCCGUUUAAAAGGCACUUGUUCUUGGUAGAUUUAAGUUUCGUUGUACUCUCUAAAUCUGCAGCCAGCUGCAGUACCAUGAAGAAAGCUGGAGACUAUAGGAGAAACUUCUCCUAUGGAUCAAAACUGUUAAAAUUCACCACUUGCAGUGAAAACUUUAUAUGAUAUUAUACUGCAUUGACCAUAUCUAUGAUGAAGGUUCAUAUGCUGAUCAGUCGAUGCAAGUUCCAGAAAUCUGAUAGAUGGGAGAGCGAACCUACAUGUUGACGUGCUUGAAACUACAUGUUGACAUGCUCAGUCUAUUGUUUGUUCUU